UUCCAUGGAGACGGAGGCCGGGCGCCGUUGUCAUGGAGACCGCCCCGGACCCGGGGCGCUGCGGCCCCGGCGCGCCGCCCGUUCCGAGCCCCGGGGAGCCGGGGGCGGCGGCCGCGCGCUGGGACCCGCGGAGGCACUCGCUCCUCAUCGUGAUCGGCGACAUCAGCAGCGACAGUCAACUGCGGACCGUGCGGGGACACCUGGAGCAAGGGAUCCGCUCAUGGGACAUCGACCUGUCACUCUGCGACCUGAACCAGCAACUGAAACUCUUCAUCACACGGCACCUGGCGCACUUCUCCUCAGAGGUUAAAGGCCAGAGGACCCUCAGCCAUCACAGCGAGACCCUCGAGACCGUCAUCCUCGUGAACCCCGCCGCCAACAGCAUCAGCUCUGAGGUGCGGACUCUCCUAGCUGCCCCUUCAGCUCACAAGCUGCUGAUCCUGAGCGGGCAGGCCACCGAACCCACGGGAGACCUGGUUCUGCAGAGGGGCACCUUCUCCCCGCGCAGCUUCGCCCAGAUCCUGCUCGAGCCUGAGGUCUCCCAGCGGCUCCGCCCCGGCGAGCCCGGGCCCCAGGCCUCCCUGACCGUGUCCGCCCUCGGGGAGGGCGACUGGGGGCAGGGGGCGCCUCUGGGCCCCGGCCAGAGCCUGGUCCUGCGCCUGAACCCGGAGCCGGCUCUGCCCGCCAUGGACGGCGCGGCCGAGUUCGCCGAGUAUGUCUCGGAGACGGUGGACGUGCCGUCGCCCUUCGACUUGCUGGAGCCGCCCGCGUCCGGCGGCUUCCUGAAGCUGUCCCGGCCUUGCUGCUACAUCUUCCCCGGCGGCCGUGGCGACUCGGCGCUCUUCGCCGUCAGCGGGUUCAACAUGCUGGUGGACGGUGGGUCGGAGCGGCGGGCCUGCUUCUGGAAGCUGGUGCGCCACCUGGACCGCAUCGACUCUCUGCUGCUCACGCACAUCGGCGCCGACAACCUGCCCGGCAUCAACGGGCUGCUCCAGCGCAAGGUGGCCGAGCUGGAAGAGGAGCCGCCGUCUCAGGGAUCCGGUGGGGGCGGGGGCGGGGGCGGUGGGGGCUACGGCGACUGGGUCCGCAACCUCAUCUCGCCCGAGCUGGGGGUCGUCUUUUUCAACGUGCCCGACCGCCUGCGCCUGCCCGACGCCACCCGCCGCGCCAAGCGCAGCCUGGAGGAGGCCAGCCUGGCCGUCCACUACCUGGACCGGCUGGGGAUCGUGCCCGAGCCCCUGGCCCGGCCGGCGGGCGCCGCCGCCCUGGAGCCACUGACCCUGUUCCACAAGCUGGGCGUGGGCCGCCUCGACCUCUACGUGCUGAACCCCGUGCGGGACAGCAAGGAGAUGCAGUUCCUCAUGCAGCGCUGGGCGGGCAACAGCAAGGCCAAGACGGGCAUCGUGCUGGCCAGCGGCAAGGAGGGCGAGAUCUCUGUGCCCUACCUGACCUCCAUCACGGCCCUGGUGGUCUGGCUGCCCGCCAGCCCGGCCGAGAGGAUCGUGCGCGUGCUCUUCCCCGGCAACGCGCCGCAGAGCAAGAUCCUGGAGGGAUUGGACCGGCUGCGCCACCUGGACUUCCUGCGCGCCCCGACGGCCACGCCCCGCGACCCCGCCGGCCCCGCCGCCGCCGCCGCCAAAGGUAAGCAGAGGGCCGACAGCAAGGAGAGCCUCCGAGGCCCCGCUGCCACGGCCACGGGCACCAGGCCACCCCGGAAGGAGGAGGCGGCUGAGGAGGGCGCCAAGGAGGCCCGCUCUGAGCUGGCCAAGGCCGAGAAGGCCAAGGCCGAUAAGGCCCGCACCGAGGUGGGCGAGGCCCCGCGGACGGAGAAGAGGCGGCCGGCGCGGGAGCGGGACAAAGGAGCCAAGAAGCACGGGCGCGAGAAGGCAGCGCGGAUGGAUGAGAAGCGGGACAAGGAGAAGCGGGACAAGGAGAAGCGGGACCUGAAGAAGGAGCGCAAGGAGCGCAAGGACGAGGUGCGGCGUAGCGACGAGCGCAAGAAGGAGGUCAGGCCGGAGCCACGGCGGCCGCCUCGGCCCGACCUCAAGGCCUUCACCCCCGAGGUGCGCAAGACCCUGGUCAAGGCCAAGGCUCCCGGCCGAGCCAAGCUAGACAAACCCCGCGGCGCCCGGGGCGACAAGGAGCCGCCACCACAGCCCACCGCACCCGCACCGGCCCCGGGCCCCGCGGUGCCGGCCCCGUCCCCCCCGGAGGACCUGAGCCGAGACGUGGAGGUUCUGCGACUGGAGCAGCUGACCGUCCCACCUGGCCCGGCCCCCGAGCGGUCAGCCCCCGGGGAGCAGCCCAAGGGGACGGACCAGGCCACCCCGACGCCGCCGGUGACCCUGGCCAGGGAGGCCCCGGAGGAGGCCGGAGAGGAUAGCGAGCCCGAGGCCUGCGAGGAUGUGAUCGAGAAGGCAGAGGUGGAGGCCAUGGAGGAGCCGGAGCAGCCGCCGGAGCGGUCGCCGGAGCGGUCGCCGGAGCGGCCGCCGGAGCGGCCGCCGGAGCAACCGCCGGAGGUGGCUCCCGAGGCCGUGGGACCCCUCCGGCCUCCCCGGCUAGACGUGCCGCGACCCCCACUGAGGGCCCGGGGCCCCGAGAGGGACGAGGCGCUGCUCGGCGGCCCGGCCGGCCCCGAGCACGUGUCCUACAUCCAGGACGAGACGAUCCCCGGCUACUCCGAGACCGAGCAGACCAUCUCGGACGAGGAGAUCCACGACGAGCCCGACGCAGCCCCCCGCUUCCCCGUCGCCGCCCUCGAGCCCCCCGGUCCCACCCCGGCCCCCUACGCCCCGCAUCUGGUGGCCGCGCCGCUGGCGGAGGAGGAGCACGUGUCGUCCACCACAUCCAUCACCGAGGGGGACAAGCUCUCCUCCUUUGCCACAUCGGUGGCUGAGGACCAAUCCGGGGCGUCGCUGACGGCUCCGCAGACGGAGGAGGCCGGCCGGGGGUCCCUGCCGCUGGACACGGGACCCAGCAUCCCCUCGUCCCGCACCGAGGCCACACAGGGGCUGGACUACCUACCGUCUGCAGGCACCAUCUCGCCCACCUCCUCGCUGGAAGAAGAUCGGGGCUUCAAAUCACCGCCCUGCGAAGACUUCCUGGCCUCCGGGGAGGCCGUGGGGAGGGUGCUGCCCGGAGCGGGGACCGUGGUGGCGGUGACGGCUGAAGAGGAGGAGGAGGAGGAGGAAGAGGAUGAGACCCCCAACGUGGAGCAGCCGGAGAAGCUGCGGGGUCCCCCCGGGCCCAAGCUGUUCGACCCCACGGUGACCCCGGCGGUGCCAUCGCCCUCACCCCCCGGGGAGGGUGGGGAGCUGGAGGAGCGCUGCCUCAGCCCCGACGACAGCACCGUCAAGAUGGCCUCGCCGCCCGCAUCAGGACCCCCCAGCGCUGGCCACACCCCCUCCCACCAGUCGCCCCUCGAGGAGAAGGCCGAACCCCAGACCUUUGAGGCAGCCGUGUUGCAGGGAGGAGCCCAAGCCACAUUGCCCGUGGGCCCCGUGGGCCUAGGUGGGAAGGGCCAGAAAGGGGCAGCAGAGUCAGGACCCCAGCAGGGAGAGUUCGAGGACACCGCCUCUGUGGAGCCGGGGCCGGCCAGUGCCGAGUCUGCGGUGAAUUUGGAACCCGUAAGUCCCACCAAACGCUCAGAGUCCCCAGGGCCCACAGCACCGCUGAAGCCAAUGAAGAUCUCGGAGCCCACAGAGAUCUCAGAAUCCAAGAAGUCCACCGAGGCCCCAGAGCCCACCGAGAUCUCUGAGCCCGCAGCACCCCCGGGACCCAUCAAGAUCUUGGAACCCACAAAGAUUUCUGAGUCCAUGACACCGCUCGAGCCCACAGAGAUUCCGGAGCCCGCCAAAGUCUCGGAAUCUGAGAAGCCCACGGAGGUCCCAGAGCCCACCAAGAUCUUAAAGCCCAUAGCACCAGUGGAGUCAGUGGAGAUGUCAGAGCCCACAAAGAUCACAGACCACGUAAAGACCUCGGAGCUCACGGCAUCACGGGAGCCGAUGGAGAUCUCAGAGCCCACCGCAUCGCCAGAGCCGGCCAAGAUCUCGGCACCUGCCUCUAUCACACCCACCGCACCCCCAGAGCCAGUGAGAAUCUCAGAGCCCAUAAUGAUCUCGGAGCCCACAAAGGUCUCGGGGUUCAAGGUGCCCAUGGAGGCGCUAGAGCCCACCAAGAUCUUGGAACCCAUAGCACCACCACUGCCAGCAAAGAUCUUGGAGCCCGCAGCGAUCUCAGAACCCCCAGCCUCACCAGAACCCACAAAGAUCUUGAAGUCCACAGAGAUCUCAGAACCCGAAGCCUCACCAGAGCCCACAAAGAUCUUGGAGUCCACAAAGGUCUCAGAACCCCCAGCCUCACCAGAGCCCACAAAGAUUUUGGAAUCCCCAGCGAUCUCAAAACCCAAAGCCUCACCAGAGGCCACAAAGAUCUUGGAGUCCACAACGAUCUCAGAACCCCCAGCCUCACCAGAGCCCACAAAGAUCUUGGAAUCCCCAGCGAUCUCAGAACCCAAAGCCUCACCAGAGCCCACAAAGAUCUUGGAAUCCCCAGCGAUCUCAAAACCCAAAGCCUCACCAGAGGCCACAAAGAUCUUGGAGUCCACAACGAUCUCAGAACCCCCAGCCUCACCAGAGCCCACAAAGAUCUUGGAAUCCCCAGCGAUCUCAGAACCCAAAGCCUCACCAGAGCCCACAAAGAUCUUGGAAUCCACAGCGAUCUCAGAAUCCCCAGCCUCACCAGAGGCCACAAAGAUCUUGGAGUCCACAGCAAUCUCAAAACCCCCAGUCUCACCAGAGCCCACAAAGAUCCUGGAAUCCCCAGCGGUCUCAGAACCCAAAGCCUCACCAGAGCCCACAAAGAUCUUGGAAUCUACAGUGAUCUCAGGACCCCUAGCCUCACUCGAGCCCACAAAGAUCUUGGAGUCCACAGCGAUCUCAGAACCCCCAUCCUCACCUGAGCCCACAAAGAUCCUGGAGUCCUCAGCAGUCUCAGAAGCCAAAGCCUCACAAGAGCCCACAAAGAUCUCGGAAUCCACAGCAGCCUCAGAACCCAAAGCCUCACCGGAGGCCACAAAGAUCUUGGAGUCCACGGCGAUCUCAGGACCCCCAGCCUCACCAGAGCCCACAAAGAUCUUGGAACCCACCAAGAUUUUGGAGUCCAAGGCACCACUAGACUUCGCAAAGUUCUUGGAGUCCUCAGCCCCAUCAGAGUCCAAAGAGUUCUUUGAGCCCAAGGCAUCACUAGAGCCCAAGAAGAUCUCGGAGCCUACGGCACCACUAGAAUCCACAAAGAUCUCAGAGCCCAAAGCAUCGCCGGAACCCGCAAAGAUUCCUGAUCCCACAGCACCAUCGGAGCUCACAAAGGUCUCUGAGCCCACAGGACCAUCAGAACCCACAAAGAUCUCAGAGCCUGCCAAGAUCUCAGCGUCCACCAAGAUUUUCGAAACCCCGGCACCGGAGUCCACAGCACUACCAGAGCCCACAAAGAUCUCGGCGCCCACCAAGACUUCGGAAACCCCGGCAUCGCUAGAGUCCACAAAGUUCUCGGAUUCCACGGCGCUACUAGAGCCGACAGAGAGCUCUGAGAUCGUGGCACCACUAGACUCCACAAAGUUCUCAGAGUCCCCAGCACCACCAGAGCCCACAAAGACCUCAGAGCCUGCCAAGAUCUCAGAGCCCACCAAGAUUUUAGAAACCCUGGCACCGGAGUCCACAGCACUACCAAAGCCCACAGAGGUCUCUGAGCCCGCGGCACCACUAGAAUCUUCAAAGUUCUCAGAGUCCCCGGCAACAGCAGAGCCCACGAAAAUCCCUGAGCCCACAGCUCUACCAGAACCCAUAAAGAUCUCUGACCCCACGGCACCACCAGGAGCCACAGAGAUCUCUGAGCCCCACGCAUCACCAGUAGAACCCACAAAAAUCUCAGAGCCCAAGGUACCACCAGAACCCAAAACACCAUUGGAGCCCACAAAGAUCUCACAGCUCACUGCACCACCAGAGCCCACAAAGUUCCCUCAGCCCACAUCACCACCGGAGCCCACUAAGAUCCCUCGGCCCUCAUCACCACCAGAGCCCACAAAGAUCUCUGAGUCCAUAUCACCACCCGAGCUCACAAAGAUUUCUGAGCCCAAGGCAUUGUCACCAGAGCUCGCAAAGAUUUCUGAGCCCAAUGCAUCGUCACCAGAGCCCACUGAAAUCUCAGCGCCCAAGGCACCAGCAGAGCCCACGGCACCACCAGAGCCCACAAAGAUCUCAGAGCCAAAGGCACCACCGGAGCCCACAAAGAUCUCAGAGCCCACAGCACCACCGGAGCCCACGGCACCACCAGAGCCCACAAAGAUCUCAGAGCCAAAGGCAUCGCCAGAGCCCACAAAGAUCUCAGAGCCAAAGGCAUCGCCAGAGCCCACAAAGAUCUCAGAGCCAAAGGCAUCGCCAGAGCCCACAAAGAUCUCAGAGCCCAAGGCACCGCCAGAGCCCACAGAGAUCUCAGAGCCCACGGCACCACCGAGGCCCCCGGCACCACUAGAGCCUACAGAGAUCCCUGAGCCCAAAGCAUCGUGGGAGCCCACAGCGAUCUCUAAGUCCACAGCACCGCCGGAGCCUACAAAAAUCCCUGAGCCCACAGGACCGCCGGAGCCUACAAAAAUCCCUGCGCCCACGGCACCACCGGAGCCUACAAAGAUCCCCGAACCCAAAGCAUCACCAGAGCCCACAGAGACCUUUGAGCCCUCGGCACCACCAGAGCCUACGAAGAUCCCUGAGUCCAAAGCGUCGUGGGAGCCCCCGAUGAUCUCUAAGCCCAUAGCACCACCAGAGCCCGCAAAAAUCCCUGAGCCCAGAGCACCGCCAGAGCCGCAGGCCCCGAGUGCCAAGACCCUCCCCUCGGAGGAGCCACCCCAGUCCCAGUGGGGCCGCUCCCCUCAGGUUCCAGGCGUCGGGCGGCUCGGUGGAGAACCCCAGCGCCUCUACUGCCCCACGGGGAUGUCCCCGGCCGCGGGCCCCGGCCCGUGGCCCGACCUCUCCCCGGCAGAUCCGCGGUUGCUGUCCUUCUCCGAAGACAGCCCGAGCCGAGAGACCUCACUGGACAUCUCCUCCCAGCAGCUGACUCCAGACAGCCUCAGUCCGCUCCAGGGUGGCGACCCCAGUCCCCCGGGCGGUCCCCGGGCCCAGGACAGCCCCGAGACAGCCCCGCCUGCCACCGCGGUGCCGGGGGAGGUCGGAGCGGCCCCGGGGGGCGACGGGCCAGGCCAGGCCGGGGAGCUCGGCGGCCACCGGGCCCCGGGGGCCGAACCGGGCCCGGCGGGAGCCUCGGACGUUUUGUGGACGGCGCUGGAGGAGGACGCCUCCUGGAGGGAGCUGAGCUGCGAGCGGAAGGUCUGGUUUCCCCACGAGCUGGACGGGGCCCCCGACCCGGGGUCAAGGUCACGCUAUAGCGAGGAGCGGGAAAGCAGGUUCCUGGACGAGGGUCCGGAGGACGGGGAGGGAGAGCGGGGGGCGACCCCGACCCCCGACCCCGCGCCCUCGCCCUUCGAGAUCCUGUCCCCGCCGGGCUCUCCUCCGAAGGCCCCGCUCCCGGAGCCCAGGCCCCGGCCGCCCGCCCGCAGGGAGCCCCCCUCGCCCUCCUGGCUGGCCGAGAUCCCUCCCUGGGUGCCCAGGGAGCGACCCCUCCCGCCGGCGCCUUCCUCCCCGGCGCCCCCCGCCCCGGCGCCGCCACCUCCGACGCCGUUCCCGUGGAGCGUGGCCGACUACGACAGCGUGGUGGCCGCCGUGCAGGAGGGGGCGGCGGAGCUGGAGGGGGGGCCCUACUCUCCGCUGGGUAAGGACUACCGCAAGGCCGAGCGGGCCGGGGUCGAGGGGGAGGAGGGGCGGGAAAGCUGCGCGGAGGCUCCCGUCCGCGGGCCCGGGCAUCGGGAGCCGGAGCCCGUGGGCGUGCAGGGGACGGAGCUCAGAGGACCGGAGCCGAAGGCCGGAGAGUCGAAGGCCGGAGAGUCGGAGGCCGGGGAGCCGGAGGCCGGGGAGCCGGAGGCCGGGGAGCCGAAGGCCGGGGAGCCGGAGGCCGGAGAACCGAAGGCCGGGGAAGCGGAGCCGGAGCCGGAGCCCAGGGAGCCCACCCCUUACCCCGACGACAAGGCCUUCCACUACGCCGACAUCUACGAGCAGGUCCUGCUGGCGAGGCCCGGCCCCGUCCGCCCCGCCCGGGAGCUUCCGCACGGGGUCCCCGGGGCUCCCGGGGCUCCCGGGGCCCCUCCGGGGAUCUCCGCUAAAGAGGCGGCGGCCGGGCGGCAGACCCCGGCCGAGAAGGAGCUGUCGUCCCCGGCCUCCCCGAGGGACGUCCGGGCCGCCGCCUUUGACUACGCGAUGACCCCGGCCCCGACCCCGGCCCCGAAGGCGUCGGGCCCGGGCCCGGGGCCGGAGGAGCCGUCGGACGAGAGCGACCCGGAGCCGGAGAAGGGGGCGCGGGAGCCGCCGGAGAAGGAGGCCCAGGCCCGGAGCCCCGCGCGGCCCAGCCUGGAUUUCCCGGCCUCGGCCUUCGGCUUCUCGUCGCUGCGGCCCGCCGUCCCCGCGCCGCCCUCGCCGGCCGAGCCGCGCUCGGCGCCCUGCGGCUCCCUGGCCUUCUCCGGGGACCGCGCCCUGGCCCUGGCCCCGGCCCCCGGGCCCCCGGGCCGCCCGCGCCCCGACGACGGCCUGGAGGGGACCAAGGCGCCCAGCCUCGACUCGGCGCUGCCCCGCCUGCCCCGCCCCGGCUCGCCGGCCCCGUCCGAGGACUCGUCGUCCGAGGCUACCACGCCGGUCCUGCCGGCCCGCGGCCUCUGGGACCUCGGGCCGCUGAGCUCCGGGGCCCCCGCCCCGCCGGGGCGCCGCACGGCCAAUGGGCCGACCGACGGCAGCCCGGGCCCCGGGCCCAGCCCCCCGAGCCCCGAGCCCCCCGGCCCCGCCAGCCCCCCGAGCUCCAGCCCUCCCGGUCGCCGCAGCCCCCCGAGCUCCAGCCCCCCCGGCCUCCGCGGCCCCCCGAGCUCCAGCCCCCCCGGCCUCCGCGGCCCCCCGAGCUCCAGCCCCCCCGGCCUCCGCGCCCCCCCGAGCUCCAGCCCCCCCGGCCUCCGCGGCCCCCCGAGCUCCAGCCCCCCCGGCCUCCGCGGCCCCCCGAGCUCCAGCCCUCCCGAGCCCCCCCGGGCCCGACAGCCCCCCGUCCCCCAGCCCGCCCGGCCUCCGCAGCCCGCCGGGCCUCCGCGGCCGGCCGACCUCCCUGCUCCCCGCGGAGGCCGCCCCGGGCCCCGGGGCCGCGGGCCGGGGCCGCAGGGCUGGGCGGCCGAGCCGCGGGCCCCCCGCGGGGACCCGUCGCCGUCCUUCCUCAACCCGUCCCCGCCGCGGGGGGCCGACGACAGCGACGCCUCCGCCGACGAGGCGCGUCCGGCCGGGCGCGGGGGCCGGCGGCGGCCCGGGGGCUCCGGGGGCUCCGGGGGCUCGGCGCCCGCCGAGGAGACGCCCCCGACCUCGCCCAGCGACUCGGGCUCCUCGCAGUCGGACUCGGACGUGCCCCCGGAGACCGAAGAGUGUCCGUCCAUCACGGCCGAGGCGGCGCUGGACUCGGACUCGGACGCGGACUUCCUGCCGGUGGACAAGGCCGGGGGCGGCGGGGCGCAGGCCCAGCGGCCCGGGCCCGACCCGCCCCCCGCCGCCGCCCCCGACCCCCGCCCGGCGCCGCCCCGCCCGGACGUCUGCAUGGCCGACCCCGAGGGCCUGGCCGAGCCCGGCCGGGCCGAGCGGCCCCGGGACAGGGAGAAGGGCCGCCCCGGCCGCAGGGCCCCCGGGCGGCCCAAGGCGGCCUCCCCGGCCCGGCGCCUCGAACUGCGGACCAAGCGCUCUCCCACCCCGGCCAAAGCGCCCGCCGAGCGAGGCCCCCGGGCCCGGGCCCGGCCCCCGCCGCCCGCCGGCGACGACAGGGACGGACACGGCCCCUCGCCCCCCAAGGGCUCGGCCGGCGGCCUCAAGGCCGGGCCAGGAGCCGCGGGGCCGAAGGGCAGCUCGGGCCCCCCGGUCUACGUGGACCUCGCCUACAUCCCCAACCACUGCAGCGGGAAGAACGCCGACCUCGACUUCUUCCGCCGCGUUCGCGCCUCCUACUACGUGGUCAGCGGCAACGACCCGGCCAACGGCGAGCCGAGCCGGGCCGUGCUGGACGCGCUGCUGGAGGGCAAAGCCCAGUGGGGGGAGAACCUACAGGUAACUCUCAUCCCCACCCACGACACUGAAGUGACCCGCGAAUGGUACCAGCAGACGCACGAACAGCAGCAGCAGCUCAACGUGCUGGUCCUGGCGAGCAGCAGCACCGUAGUCAUGCAAGAUGAGUCCUUCCCGGCCUGCAAGAUCGAGUUCUGAGAGCCCGACGGCCGCGCCCCGCUCCGCCCCGGCCCCCGGGCCUGCCCCCCGGCCCCGCCCCCGGCCCCGCCCCGAGCCCCGAGCCCCGACUCCUCCGGGGAAGGGAUGGGCGGGAGUCCCGGGGUCCCCGGGGGAGAGGCCAUUCUCCCCCUCCUCCGGCCCCCGCAAUGCAGUGUGUCCCCUCCCCAGCCUGGCCGGGGCCCGAGAACCAAAGGAUUUAUUUUUUUGUUUCCCCGGAAAAGAAAGAGGAGGGUGCGGAGUGGGGACCCACGACCACCUCCCAUUCUGCCAGAUUUCACCUCCCCCCAAGGCGGUGCCCAGGUCUGCGGCAGGGCGGGAGAGGGGACACGGCCGGCCAGACCCCUCCUCUCAGGGAGAGCCAGGCCCCCUUUCCCCAGGGUGCCCCAUUCCCGUUUUCUGGAUCUAUCCUGCCGCCCCAGCCACCAUCCCCGCCCCCCGCAGCCCCUGCCCCCGCAAGAGGGUUGAGUGUAAUUUACUGUUGCCCGCGGUGGGGUGCUCGAUGCCCAGGGUUCUGUGCCUCCCCUUGUCCUCUCCCACCUGCCCCCUCCCACCGGGGUCCCGGCCUAGGUUGCGUCGAGCCCCACUCUGUGCUGCACUGCCUUCCCCCAGUCCAUCCCUUACAUCUGAAUGUCUCCAAAGCCAAAAUUUGAAGCCCCUCUGAGGGUUGGGGGUGGGGUGCUCCCUCCUCCUCCUCCUUCUGCUCCCUCCUCCUCCUCCUCCUCCUCCUCCUCCUACUCCACACUUGUCCUGCAGUUUCCAGCUCAGGCCUGAUGGGAAGCUUGGGGAGGGUGGCUAGCGCAGACCCCAGUCUCCCUCCCCUGCCUUCGUGCACCCCCCAAAAACACACACACACACCCAACACACACACACAGAGCACCCACUGCUUGUCUUCUCUGCAUGCGGCCGACCGCCCUGACCUGGUUUGCCAAGGAUUGGGGCCGGCCCCCGGCCUGACCCCAGCCCUAGCUGACCCCCGGCAGGGCUCGAUCCCAUCCCCCUCCGGGCAGGAGGACGAAGAGGAGGAGGAGCUGUAUGGACGAACUCUCCCGAGGGGGUGAGGGACGGAGCCGCGGGGUUCAGGAAGGGGCCCGCUCCCCCUCAGGGCGGCCGCCACUCCGGACCUGACCAGCCGCCUGGUCUGUCUGCUCAGUGGAACGAGGGAAAGCCGAAGCGCGCCCCUCUUUCUCUUGCCCCCUCCCUGGGGCUUGCCCCGCUCCGCCCCGCCUCCAGCUGCUGUAAAAGGAGCCGCCUUCGACACUCCAAUAAACCACGCGCAUCGCC